UUUAUCCGGCGAUAUGUUCGCAUACGUUCGUUUCCGUGACGACAAUGAAAAGCGGAUAGUUUCAGACGCUUCUUGUAAGCACCUCGAGCCUAAAGAUAUCAGAGAUUUCAAUCCCCAUAAGUGGUACAGGGUUUUCUGGAAAGAUGGCACGCACUGCGGCCAGUACUACCACGCUCAAGUGAUUAGACUUUACGAAACCGAGGACGAUGCUCGAAAAGCUACAGAAAAACGAACAUCUAUCCCCCAGAGACCAGACAGCGACUCUUCUGAAAGCUGCAGUACAGAUGAAGUGGACGAUCCAUCGCUUGAAGAAGAAACACGACAUCAAGCUGCUGUUAAACAGAAAAAGAAGGCUAUUGACGAGCACUUCAAAAAAAAAAAAAAAGAAUCGGGACCUCCUCUUUGGUGAUGCCGACAAAGAAAAGACAGAGACAGAACGUCUCAAAGAAGACGUCAGUAUGCUGAGGGCUCAAAACGCCAAGCUAUUGGAGCUCAUCAGCAUACUUGAAAAGGCUCUUUGCAGCAAAAUUUUCCAAACAGGUUUGGUUAUUUCCUUAUAAAUUAUUGUCAUGCACUGUUGCUAGUGUUGUAUACAUCAGUAGGUUGCAGUUUUCUUAUAUCGAUCAUGCAAUUUUGCUGUAAGCAGAAUGCAACCUAAGCUUAUAUGUCAAACGUGGCAGUGAUGCACACAUUAUUCUAAUCACUUGCAAGUAUGCUUUCGCAUACUGCCGCAGCAUGGUGUACGUUAAAGAACACCACAUGGUCAAAAUUUCUGAAGCCCUCAACUACGGUUGUCCCUGAUAAUCACAUCUUGACUUUGAAACGUAACACCCAACCCAUUAUUAUACUUUCACAUGGUAUCUCUACUGCAUGCUAUAUUUGUCAUGUUAUUUGGCCUUGCUAGGUUGCACACCCUGGUCUCUUUUCAGUCUGAGACCUAGGACGCAGCUGUAACAAGGGUGUGAUGCGCUUCCUUUUUCUGCAUGCUCUGCUUUUUUAUUGCAGA